GUAUUCUCUGUCUGUGUUCUCCCUUUGUAGGGCAGGGGAUUGGACCUCAAGCUACAUGCUCAGGGAAGCUGUUACUGCCCCUCAUCCCUAGCUGUAUCAGGAUAAUUUGCUCCCACUUUUGUUCAGGACCUGUUUUAAAGAAGGGAUGGCACACAUCUUCUGAGAGCAGGGGAAGAUUUCUUCUCAACAUGUAUUCAGAAAACAUUUAUAUUAACACGAACCUCAAAAACAAAUUUGAUUCCUCAGACAUCAAAGCAGACCCUCCUCCAGAUCCUCAAAAGAAGACCACAUCUCAUGAAAGCUGUCAUGGAUUCUUCAGGGUCCUCCUCACCUCAUCCACAAUAUAUUUCCUGCUGUUGACAAUCUUAUUCUCCACUGCUGUGAUCACUUUGUUUAAAAAAUAUUCUCAGCUUCUUGAAGAAAAAGCAAUCAGAAAAGAACUGAAUUAUACUGGAUUGGAAUGUACAAAGCAGCAUUCAUUCUUGAAAGACAAAGUCUGGAGCUGUUGCCCAAAGGACUGGAAGCCGUUUAGUUCCCACUGCUACUUCAUUCCCACUGCCUGGGCAAACUGGAGCGAGAGUGAGGAGAAGUGCUCCAGCAUGGGCGCUCAUCUGAUGGUGGUCCACAGCAAGGAAGAGCAGGAUUCCAUCACCAAGAUCCUGAAUGUUCAUGAUGCUUAUUUUAUCGGGCUUUCGGAUCCAGGUCAUCGGCAGUGGCGAUGGGUUGAUCAGACACCAUACAAUGAAAGUGCCACGUUCUGGCACCCAGGUGAGCCCAACAACGACAAGGAACAAUGUGUUAUAGUAAGUCAUCCACGUUCUAGUUGGGGCUGGAAUGACACCCCUUGCAGUGUGAAACAGAAGUCAGUUUGUCAGAUGAAGAAAAUAUACUUAUGAAAAACCAUUCUCCAUGGACAUGUGAUUGCAUUUUUAUCUGCCAUUACAUAGAUACCUGCCAAGUUUUAGGCAUACCUAUUUAGGCAUAGGUAUACCUAUGAUAAUACUGCUCCACGAAUAUACUUACUUAUUCAUCCUUUACUUUCUUAUAUAAUGAGAAUUUCCCAUAUACCAGACACUAUACAGGAUCCCCUUUGUGCAUAUGUGGAAGCACACCAGCUUCUCUGUCCAUUCUUAGAUUCCUAAAGCCUUAAUUGAUGAUAGAACUGUGUGGUGUGGUCCCUCUACCCAUUUCUCUCUGUCUUUUCCCCCUGUUACUGGACUUAUUGAUGUAUA